AUGGCUUCCCAAGAAUCUCAGUUUCACCACGAUGAGCUUGCUUCUGCUAUGGAUAAAGUCCAUGAAGAAGAGCAUGAGCCCCACAUUGCGAAGGUCGAGAAGGUUGUUCAGAUGCUGUCAGCUCUGCCAAAUUCCUACAAGGCAAGGGAGCUAGCUACGGGAUAUUUGAUCAAGAAAUUAUGGUACCAGCUAGAUCAUCCACCUCGAGACCUCUUAGGUCAUGGGCCCGACUCGGUGAUUACCAUCGACAGCGAUUCACGAUAUCGUAGCGCCAACGGGUCUAACAAUAAUCCUAAUAAUCCUUCGCUGGGUGCUGCUGGCAGUCGCUAUGCCAGAACGACUCAAGCAAGACGCCCGAAGCUUGCCCAGCCACCAGAUCCUGCGGACGUCUUCGACAAGUUAUUGCUGCGAACUGGACCGCCUAGGACUCAUCCGAAUGAUGUCUUCCACACCGAUGAAAGAGAUCAGACCCGCGCGAAGGGCUCCUCCUACCUUGAUCUAGCUCCUUUAUACGGUCACGAUCAAGUAUCGCAAGAUACCGUUAGAGAAUUCAAAGAUGGUCUUCUCAAAAAGGACACUUUUGCCGAAUAUAGGCUGUUGGGCCAACCCCCUGGUGUCUGCGCUUUCAUUGUUGCAUUCAACCGAUUCCACAAUCAUGUGGUUGUAGAGUUGGCUCGAAUCAACGAAGGCGGUCGCUUUAGCCUUCCCAGAGGGCUAGUCUCGGGGAGUGAUGCAGAACUAGCCGCCCUCAAGACGAGAGACAACGACUCAUUCCAACAUGGAAGAUUGAUUACUUGUGGUCUCUACGUUAAUAUAAUUCUACAUGAUUAUAUUCGAGCAAUUCUCAAUUUGAAUCAAAACACCUCCAAUGUCGAGUCAGACUGGAGUCUGGAUCCUCGCUUGGAUUUCCCACACUUGAAUGUGCCCAAAGCUGUCGGUAACCAGGUCAGCGUGGAAUUCAACCUGGUCUAUCGUUGGCAUGCAACCAUCAACACUGCCAAUGAAAACUGGACAAAUAAUUUCAUGAGAGAGGUGUUUGGGGAGACUUACAACCCGAAAACUUUGAGUGCGGGUGACUUCAUGCUGGGCGCUCGCAGAUGGGCUGAGGGGAUCCUCCUCGUUGAGCCCUCCCAACGAACAUUCGGAGGUAUCGAGAGAUUGUCAAAUGGCGCUUUCGCAGAUGAUAGUCUAAUUAAUAUUCUCAACCAUACUACAGAGAGCCCAGCAGCUGCAUUCGGGGCAAAGAGCACCCCACUUCUCAUGAGACCAAUCGAAAUAUUAGGCAUCGAGACUCAGCGUCAAUGGGGCGUUGCAACUUUAAACGAGGUCCGGGAAAAAUUCAAUCUCACACCUCACAAGACUUUCCAACUUUAUCCCGAGCCCGAUGAUAUCGAAUUCUAUCCUGGUAUACAAGCUGAAGAAACAAAGAAACCAUGGUUUCCAGGAUCAGGCCUCUGCCCUGGAGUCACGAUCUCAGUUGCUAUUCUUGCAGAUGCUGUGGCAUUAUGCAGGGGUGACCGUUUCUACACCACCGACUACACUCCUGACAAUCUAACAGAAUGGGGAUUCCAUAUCGCAUCGUCCUCGUUUGGAAAAGUUCAAGGCGGAGUACUCUACAAAUUGCUGGAGACCGCAUUCCCUGGGCGUUACAAGGACAAUUCGGUGUGGUCACUAUACCCACUGACAAUACCAGAGAAAAACAGGGAGAUUCUUAGCAAACACAAAGUUGUGGAACAAUUCGACUUCGAAAAGCCACAGCUCCGCAAGCAGUACUUCGAUUAAGAGAAUAAUCAUAAUAUUAGCAGAUAGCUAAAAAUAGGAAUAG